CCAUGCCGUGGCUUCUGAGCAAGAAGCGACGGCAGUCGCCCUCCAGCAGCCCCAGUGGGCAGCCCUGGGCUGCCACCAGCUCCAGCAGUGCCUCCCAGCUCCGGGAGCAGGGGCUGGCCAGGCUGCACCACGCGGCCGCCCGCGGUGACCUGGGCUGGCUGAGGCGCUGGCACUGGUACGUGAAGGUAGUCGGCAUCGACAGGCCAGACCAGGAGAUGCAGACACCUCUGCAUCUGGCUUCAGCCAAUGGCCAUGCAGAUGUCGUGAGAUAUCUGCUAAGAAAGAACAGUCAGCCCAACCUCGCCGACAACUUCAAGAGAACGGCCCUGAUGAAGGCAGUCCAGCAGGAGCAGGAGGAAUGUGCUGCUGUUCUGCUGGAACACGGUGCCGACCCCAAUCUGGCAGACGCUGACGGCAACACUGCCCUUCACCUGGCUGUCCUCUCUAAAAACACAGCUGUAGCAGGGCUGUUACUGGAGCAUCAUGCCAAGAGUGAUGCUCAGAACCAGUGGGGAUUUACCCCCUUCCAACUUGCAGCCUUGCAACAGCAUGAGGAGAUUCUGGAGUGCCUUGUGAACAAAGCAGCUGACAGGUCUGCUCAAGGCCAGGGGGAAAGCCAUGAGGCUCACCUGGAGGAAGAUAAUCUACCCUUGCAGGAGGAGCUGGACAGGGCUGACGCGGAGCUGCAGGAGGAGGAAGAAAAGCAUCUUCUGUCUGAGCAUUGUGUUCCUGACUUGAAGACUGCCUUGGAUGCCAAGAAAAGAGAGGCAAUAACUUCUUCCCAGGAACUUCAGGACCUCCUGGAAGAAGAUGCACAAGACUUUGCAAGUGAGAACAGCAGAUUGGAAGCCACAGUCCAGCAGCCAAGCGAUGGCGUUGAAGCCCUUCCGAGAGCCCUGCAAGCCUCUGCCUCAGUUGCUGAACUUUCCCAGCAGUUGGACAGGGAACGUGAACAGUGCACAGAGCUGGAGGUCAAAAAUCAGGCUUUGCAAGAAGAGCUGUCUACCCUGCGUGGGAAGUGCGAGAACCUGACGAUGGACAAAUGCCAGCUGCAAGAAGAACUGGUAAAACUCCAGCAUCAUUUGGAGACCAACGUGGUGGAUCGCAGCCAACUAGAACAGUGUAAAAGAGAGGUGGAAGAACAAGCAGACCAGGAAAUAAGACAAAAACUCCAAGAAGUCAAUGAGUUUUUGCAAGUACAGGCAGCCUACCAGGACACAUUAGAAGAAAUCAGAACCAGUCAUGUGGACUCCCUGAAAAAACAGUUAGAAGACAGAAUUAGAGAUCUGGAACGUGCACUGGGAAGGAGAAAAAGCAACCAACCAGAAAGACCUUUUCAGAAAGAAUCCACCCAGGCAGAAGUGGACAAGUACAAAGAGCUGUAUCUGGUGGAAGCCAAAACCAGAAAAAACCUCACCAAGAAACUGGAAAGAGCUAAUGAGAGACUUGCAGAGGCCAACACCAAGCUCUUUUUGGAGCGCCACAGAAGCAAAUCUGCAGUCCCAAGCAGUGCUGUCAGCGGACACCUGGUUGCAAGUCCACUUCUGGAUUCACCUGGCCUGGGACAUCUUGGCAUCAGUUUGGGACUGAGCAGAAGUCUGGGUCUCAGAACAGCACCCAGACACCUGUGGUAAAGCCCAAGACUUCUGCUCAUCAGGUUGGUACAGAUUUUCCAGAGUGGUCAAAGACCAAAAAAGAUUGAAAUGGAAGUAAUGAGCUGUGGAACUCCAUUCUUUGACAAGAGAAACUGUGGGAAAGAGCACUGUGGCACAGGAACCUCCCACCUAAGUUCUAUCCUAAAUUUACCCGUAGUAAUCUUCUGUAGUCUAUGGGGUUUGGCAGGAAGCCAACUCCAACCGGCUACAGAUUGUUUUGGUGUCAGAAGUGGGAUUGUU